AUGAUUUAUCGCGUUUUACAGAAGAUCCACCGUAUUCGGAUCACCUUGACCUCCCGCAAGGUUCAGUCCAUCGAGAAGGUCUGCCAGGAGCUCAUUGAGCGUGCCAAGGGCAAGGACCUCCGUGUCAAGGGCCCCGUCCGUCUCCCCACCAAGUGCCUCCAGGUCACCACCCGUAAGACUCCUUGCGGUGAGGGUUCCAAGACCUGGGACACCUAUGAGAUGCGGAUCCACAAGCGUUUGAUCGACCUUAACGCCCCCACUGAGGUCGUCAAGCAGAUCAUCAUCAACAUCGAGGCUGGUGUUGAGGUUGAGGUCACCAUCGCUGCUUAG